GAAACAGCAACGCCUUUACAAGCUGCAACAACGCCAUCAUCAAGAAGUGACUAUAUGGUGGGAAGAGCGUUUGGUAUAAUCGCAGACUUUUUGUAUUCAGUCGUUAAAGGAUUCAUGGAUCUAGUCAUCUUUCUGUUGAAUGUUCCUAUGAUGAUGUUCAGUUGUAUUCGAGAGAAUACGAUGCCAUUACUCCGCAGAGCAUUCACUUGGACAGAUGAUGACGUACAGCGAAGCACACACGCAAUGACAACAAGAGCAAUGAGCCGUGGCGGAAGUGCCGUGAGAGGCGGAAGUGUCGGACCCCAGUUGCCAAGUGCCUCAGAGAGAGGUUACAAACGUUGUCUGAUUUGGCUUAUACCAUUGAUUGGAUUCCUUCUGCUGUCUGGCUUGGUGGCGAAGCGUUGUUAUGAUGAUGAGGAAAUGAUGGCAAAUUCGGAAAUGUUGCAGUAUCCAACGGUGAUUAUAGGGCGAACUUAUGAAGCUGCCUCCUCGGUGGGUCAAUCUGUUUGGUGGAAAAUUUGCUCACUGGCGAUCGCUGGCCGUACAGCAGCACAUGCAACGAAAGAGCGAGUGAUAACGACUUUGGCAUCGCAACCGUGGACCUCACAAUGGAAAAUUGCGAAUACAUACGAGUCAACAAAGAAAACUGUGUCGAAAACAUUUAGCGAUGGUAAAGGAACUAUAAAAAUUUUCACUGUGUAG